AAGGGGUGAAAAUCUUUUUCUCCAAUUAUUCACGCAACUAGAAUCGGUAUGCGACGAAAAAGUGUGCACCGGAGUGACACGUGUGAAAAUAAAACAAGUAUACUCGGACAUAUGAGCAGAAAGAUAUUAAACUGAGUUGGCAAAUUCUUACAACGGUUUCUACGACGAUCUCACCUCACUUUAUAUCUGGAUCAUAACGAGUCAGUAACUCUGAUCCCGUGGAACCGGCUUUGCGUUCUUAUUUUUCCUCACUCUUUUUCACUGUUUUUUUGUUUGCCGUUUGAAAUAUUGGUGGUCGUAUAGAUUAAUUCAAAAGUUAUGUUUCAUUGUUUCAUAUUGUACGCGUAGUUGCAAAUUGUAUAAAUUUCCUUUUCGAAUAACGAGUCUAUAAAAUAUUUAUUAGAAAAAAAAUAGUAUAUUUGCACGAUAAGUUUGAAAACGUGAUGUAUAAUUGGUUGAUUCUUAUAAUUUUUUUUUCAUUUCCCUUGGAUGUGAAGUCUCUAGAUUCAGCAACAAUAAUCAACGAUGUAUGCGUGCCGGCUCAAAUUGCGGAUUUGGAAAAAUACUUGGAGCGGUUCACCACACCGGAAUUAACGGAAUUUAACACCCCGCCCGUUCCUAAUGCUCCAAUCAAUCAAGAAAACUUUUUCGAAAAUACACCUUUCGGUUUAUUUCCGGUUGACUGGAAGAGGCUCGUUACUCUUCACGACCAUUUACCCCCCGAUUCUGAAAUUAAAUCAAAACUUCUCACGCUUUGUAGACUUCUAAUACUCGCGUAUGACGAGGUACAAAAUUCUUCAAGAAAUAAUUCAGGAAGUGGUUCAACCACGUCCGACACAAGCGACAGUGAAAAUGACGAAGAGAACAAGAAAACGCUUUCGCUUAGCACGCGAAGCGCUGGACAACGGAGCGAGGAAAACGAGAAAAUAACUACAGUUGAGACUUCACCCUCUGGACGAACCCUGGAAGACGAAAAAAACGAAGACGAUGAUGAACUAGAUGUUAGCGUUACGAAAAUAGAUGAUCUAGAUGUUUCAUAUACGAUUGGUUCUUCCACGCUGAUCGAAGAUUUUGAUUCUACAUCCACAAAGUUCUCUCCAGAAAGAACGACAGAUUUCCACAGUGAAUCAACGUCCCAAGGUUCGAUGGAGAGUUCUUUGACCACUCUGGGAACAAAUAUGAUGGAAAAAUCGUCUGAUGUAAAAACUGACGAAAUUUUUGAUACCACGACCACUACUUAUAGUACAAUUGGCUCCGAAAUCAGUGAUACGGUAACUUCGUAUGUGAUUUCUGGAAGCACGGAAACUCCCAACAAUGGUGAAGGAAUGUUGGAGCAGACUACUUCUGACGCCCUGCCAAAAGUUACGAUGAAAGAGAAAAACUAUCCUCGAGUCGAAGUAGAAGGUACAAAUCACAUUGUGAAAAACCGCCUUCGCGAUUUUUCGCAGCAAUCAUCUUCGCAGCGUGAAUCAGAUUUUGACAACAACAAAAAAUACCAAGAACCGACCGCAAAUACCAUCGAUCGGGAUACUCAAAUACUCCCAGAUGGGGAAUCUGGACAGAAAAAUGGAGUGAAAAAGACAAAAGAAAUUCGUCUAGGUCAAUCACCGUAUUUCAUACCAUUUUACAAUCAUCCGGAUGCUGAAUUUGAGUUUCAUCGUAGAUCCGAAAGACCCCAAGGAAACGAAAACACAGCUGGAUUCUCGAAAAGGGCGGAACAUAAUACUGAACUUGGAAAACUUUACAGAUGGUUCUACAGACAGGGGCAAGAAUAUGCACAGCCCAUGCAAUUUAAUACGCAGUACGUCAAUUAUUUCUCCAAUUUUAUUUGUUUCUAUCUCGAUAAAUCUUACAUUCUUGCUUUUUGUUACAGAUCGCAUCCAAAUACCCCUUUUCUCGGAGAGAUCAAGUGCACGAACAUGCAAGUUAUCGGAUGAUGAUAAAGAUUUCGUAUUGUUUAAUAAAUAAUUUUUUUGUCCUAUUUUGUUUUAUCAACUAUUCAGAAUAAACUUUUCAUUGAAUUUCGAAUACAAAACCCGCUAUAGUUAUUAGCGUUAUUUGGUAAUAAAGGUAAAUUUCAGUUUCGUUAUUCUGAACUCAAGACAUAACUUGU